GCCGGGAUGGGGCACCGGGACCGGGCUGGGAGUGCGGGUGGGGGCGUGGAUGGGGUUGAGGGGGUUGUCAGCGGCUGGAGCGGGCCGGGAGUGGCCGAACGGAGCCUCUCCCGGUGACGCGGCCCGCGCUGUGCCCGCAGCUGUGGACAUCCAGCCCGCCUGCCUCGGGCUGUACUGCGGCAGGACCGUGCUGUCGGUGAACGGCUCCGUGGAGACCUACGGGGACUGCGGGGUGUGCCCUAGAGGCCAAAGAACCGAUGACAACAAAAUCUGCCGGGAGUGUUUGGGAUCUCCAGACCGCUAUGACUGGCUGUACCUCGGCUUCAUGGCCAUGCUGCCCCUGGUUUUACACUGGUUCUUUAUUGAGUGGUAUUCUGGAAAGAAGAGCUCCAGCGCGCUGCUGCAGCACCUGACGGCGCUGCUGGAGUGCAGCGUGGCGGCCGUGGUGACGCUGCUGCUCAGCGACCCCGUGGGCUCCCUGCACAUCCGCUCCUGCCGCGUCAAGAAGCUCUCGGACUGGUACACCAUGCUCUACAACCCCAGCCCCGACUACAUCACCACCGUGCACUGCACCCACGAGGCCGUCUACCCCCUGUACACCAUUGUGUUUAUCUAUUAUGCCUUCUGUCUUGUGUUGAUGAUGCUGCUUCGGCCUCUCCUGGUUAAGAAGAUUGCCUGUGGUUUGGGAAGGUCUGACCGAUUUAAAAGCAUUUAUGCAGCACUCUAUUUCUUUCCCAUCCUCACCGUGCUGCAGGCCGUGGGAGGAGGCCUCCUCUAUUAUGCCUUCCCAUACAUCAUCCUGGUGCUCUCUUUGGUUACACUGGCUGUGUACUUGUCUGCUUCUGAAGUGGAGUUUUUCAAGGACCUGCUUGUGAGGAAGAAAAGGCUCGUUGUCCUCUUCAGCCACUGGUUACUCCAUGCCUAUGGAAUCAUCUCCAUUUCCAAACUGGAUAAGCUUGAGCAGGACCUGCCUUUGCUUGCCUUGGUACCUGCCCCUGCUCUCUUUUACCUGAUGACAGCAAAGUACACAGAGCCCUCACGGAUCCUCUCUGAAGGUGGGAAUGGACAUUAAAAGGAGCCUGUGCCAGCAACUCUGUCCCUGUGAUCUGGAUGAAGCCAUUCUAGUGUUUGUCAUGCUUUGGAAACUUCUGUUUUUAAAAAGAAGUUGUUCAUGUGCCAGACUUCUGGUGAAACACCUCUGGGUGAGACUGUAUAAUAUUAAAAAGCUGCACUUUGUAUUCUUCCUAAGUAUCUGGUAUAGAUUAAAAGCAAUGUCUUUUUAUCUAUUUAUCACUGUGAAUCUGUGUAAAAAGCUUGUGACACAUCCUUGUACAAUGGUUUGCUUGUGUAUUGUUCACUUCCUAACAUGAUAUUUGAAAACAAUAGAGUCUGGUUUUCAAUAGACUUUAAUAAAAAAAAUAGAGCUUGAAUAUACCAGAGAAAUUAAUUGUUUCAUCACAUACUCUAACUUCUAUCCCCACCAGUGAAAACAGACUCUUCUUCCUUCCAUCAAAAGAUAAAACACAUGCAUGAUUCCUCAUGAUGUUUGAGUCUGACUGCUGGAGAAGAAAUGCACUGUAAAAGAAAAAAAUGCACUGUAAAAUUCUCUAUAAGGUAGAGUUUAUGCUCUGUGUAUUUCAUAUAUGAAGACCUUUCUGGAGGGCAUGAAAUAGAUCAAAGAUUUUCUUUUCUUGGUAGUUGGAUUAGUAUUGGUCACCAAAACCUGAUGCUGUACAGAGUCUAGAGGAAGAUGCAAAGCAAUGCUGAAGAGCCAGAAAUAGAACCAAAAGUAAGAAGAUCCUCUCAAAUUAAACUUUCACUGUAUGGAUCAGUGGCUGUAACAGGGCAUAUUUCUGUGACAAUAAUGUUUUCUUCAUUCUAUCACCUGCCAGCACUGCUAAGGACAGACUCUGCCAGGAGCUCAGAGGCUUUGAAAGGUGUCACCUCAGCCAGGCUGCCUCAAGCUGUCACACUCUUCCACAGAAGGUUUGUUUUUGUUACAUCUGAUAUGCUCUUCUUCCACAGCUUUUUGUGAAUUUUUUAUUUUGUUGUGCAAUGCCACUUGACAGGUUCACUGCACCUAAAAAUUGUGUGCAGACAAACUCACUCUUGCAUGAAGUGAGGUUUUAUUUAGGGAUUAAGGAAGUAAUUGAUCUUAAAUGUUGUCUGUACUGCUGUGUACAAUGUUUAAUUUGCAGACACAUUCCUCUAAUUUUAGAACUAGAGGAGAGUUCUAAAAGUAUGGGAUUAAAAUUCAUGUUAAAAUACCA